AUGCGACCUUUGACGGGUAUUGGAGGAGCACUGAUGGUUCUCAGCGCCCUCGCGUUGCUGACUAUCACUUCCCUCCCGCCGGGAGGGGGAGGCAUGGGAAAUUUUCAGGUUGGGAGUCUUUACCCUCCUUCUGAUGCACUGUUCAACUUACGGAGUCAAGUCAGUAUCUUCGGUGCCAUGGCGCCUCUAGAUGCCGCCGGGUUAAGCAUUUCCCCGGACCCUUUGUCCUGCCACUCCCAUGGCUAUGCAAGCCAGCCAGACUUGCCUCUCAAUAUUUGGAAAGCUCCUUCUGUCUUACCGAUGAUAACUGUGACAUUCUUUACAGUCGCAGCCGUGGGGAUUCACAUCUGGUACUCACCUCGUCAUGUGUGGAAUGUCGGUGUCCGUGAAUAUUCCCUGUUGCUGAACGGCGCCCAUACUAGCCACUCGCCGUGUGUGGAACACUCGCUGCGUUUACUUGUUCUACCGGUGUUUGCGUUCCUGGACGGAUAUAUCAUGGCCCUUGGAUCCCUGGAUACAGGUACCGGCUUAAUCCUUAUCGCCACGCAAUCUUCGCGACAAACCUCCUGGGCGCAGACAUUCCCGUCCCUGGUAGUUGUCUCCUUUGAGCCAGAUGUCAUCUUGACAGCCGCUCAAAUCGUCGCUUCCAACGCUGUCAAGAGGAAGCACCAAGGCAUAGCUGGCUCUUUGGUUGGGGCCCUGUCAUCCUAG